AUGGAUUGUUACAGACAUUUGAAAUAUGAUGAUAAGCAGAUUUUGCAUCCUCAUGAUGUUACGGUUAUAGAACAUGCUGCUGAGCUACAAGCCGGAGAAAAUGUGACAGAUCUUGUUUUUGUUGAUCAUGUUCACAAUAUAGAUAAAAUAGAAGUUUUGCCACCUCCCUCUAUGAAAUGUGAUCAUAAUAUUGUUCAGGAUAUUUUUAGGUCGGAACUUUCUACUGUUAACUGGUUUUCUCUUAUUGGUGGCAUGUGUCUGGAUGACAGUGUGCUGAUUGUUGAGAAAAUGAUUAUGCAAGUGGCUAAUACAGUCAUCCCACAUAAAAACAUAACUGCCAAAUCAAACGAAACACCGUGGUUUAAUGAUAAAUUAAGGAAACUAAGUGGGGAGAAACGUUAUCUCUUCAAAGUUGACUGCCGUCAUAGAACACCGACGACAACCAAAAACCACAAAGACAUUUCUAAACAGUUUGAAAAUGAAUGUAAAAAAGCAAAAAAAGAUUAUUUUAGGCGAGUGUCAAAUGAAAUGAACGCAUCUAGUAAACCAUGGUGGCGUAUGGAUAAAAACACGUUAAAUAAACAAAACAGUACUUUUCCACCUCUUUUAGAUAAAAUAAAUGAUGAAUUAGUACCUGAGCCGCCUGGAAAGGCAGAAUUACUAAAAAAACAUUUGGCUAACAUUUGUACAAUGCCAACAAGUGAACUGAAUGAUGACCCUAUCCUUAUUCCAAAAUCUUCACUACACGCUACGUCAACAUUUGACAUUUAUGAGUCCAACGUCUUUGAAUUAUUAAAGAAAAUUGAUUGUAGUAAGGCAACUGCGCCUAGCCUCUCCGAUAGAAUAUUGAAAGAAGCUGGUGCUAUAGUAACACCAAUUAUUACCUAUUUGUUUAAUGAGUCGCUAAUAAGUGAACAGUUUCCGAAGUCUUGGAAACUUGGAUGUGUUACUGCGAUAUUUAAAUCAGUUCCAUGUGAAACGAAUAGUGGUCUACCCACAAAAAUAUCAAUUAAUUUUGUUACGAAUAGCAGCAAAAAACGUUCAUUUCAUAAACGUGAACUGUUUGAUGCUAUUGACGAAUUAAAACGCAUUCUUGGAGUAAUGAAUCAAACAUCGAUGACGACUACAUCUGUUCCAUCUCAGUCACUUGAACUAGAAUACGGUUUUAUUGGUCGUCUUCAAAAGAUUGUUAAUAUCAGUAGUCAACUGACGACGACCACAGAUGUUAUGCCGAAUGUUGAUGAUCGAUUCGAUCGACUUUCAGGCACGACUAUUACUACCAGUCCUACGCGUGUCUUCAACUCGUCAUCACCAACAACAAUAGGAUUUCAUGUGUCUCGAUUUGAUGAUAUGCUACGUCUAACUGUUGAACCUUCUUAUGAACAACAGCCAUUUUUAAAAGGCUCAAUCGAUAGAGAAUUUCGAUCUGAAAAACAAUCACAAUAUCCACCAUCAUUACGAUCAUUACCCGUUACUCUUGGUCGACAAUUAGAUAUUUCCUGUUUGUCAGGUAUACGCAGAAAGGCAUUAUUACUACAAAUAACAAUCACUAUCGGUACUCAAGAUCUUCAAAAUAUCAAUAGUCAUAAUCAACUCAUUGACAAUAGUAAACAUUUAUAUCAACGUAUAGUUAUUGCUCAUUUAAAAAUUCACCAAGGUCAUAAUCAACAAACUAUCGCAUGUCGAUCGAUCGACAUUAAUAAUAAUAAUGAUGAUAAUAGCGAUAAUGAUGAGAUAAUGAUGGUUCAACCAUUUUAUUUUAAUGUUAAACAACCCAUUCGAUGUAAAUCAGCGUUAUGGUUCAUGUUUAUCAAUAUUGAGAAGAAAAUAUCUUGUCCAAUUGAACAAAGCAAUGAUUCAACAAUCAAAUACAAAUGGAAAGCACCAGAUGGAUCUAGAGCACUAAUUGGAAAACGGAUUGAUUCUCAAUUUCUCAAUUAUCGUAUACCAUCUGACAGAGAUUUCGGUGAUUUAAUUUGUGAGACUCAGUCUGUCACAGGUGAUAAACAAGAAUGUAUCGUACGGCUACUUUCAACAGAACAGUAUCUCAAAAAUCUGAUUGUAAUGAGUCCCUAUGGAGGAGUACCAUUGGUGAUAUUUCUUAUCCUCUUCUACUGUUGUACCGUCGGAUAUUUACAAAAACGAAAACAAAAAAUGACAUCGCAAACAACAAAUGCUCCAGUUCAAUCAUCCCUAGAACCAUCAAAGCUUCGCGACAAGAAAUUGCUACCUCAUGAUGAUGAAGAAUUCAUAGCCGUCGAUGAAAUUAUAACGGUGGUACCAGCCACACAUGAUGCAACACAACAGACACACAAUGCGUUACGAAAAACAUCAGAUGGUGGGAAAGGACAUGGUCAAUUGUUUGCUAACACGCAAGAAAGAAGUCAAAAGUAUCUUCAUCAACAACCAACAUUAAUGUUAUCGUCAGCCUAUAAUAACUCUUGGCCCGAUGUAAACCAAGAUGAGAUUGUUGUUGAAGAAAUAAAUCCAUAUCGUUUUUAUUCAACUGAACAAGAUUAUCUGUUACAAUCACUACAGUCUAAUGAACCGUUAACUAAAAAAACAACAGCGGCAAUGAACAAGAAAAAACAUUUUUAUGUAAAACGAUCGCUACUCAAAAAUCUCUUCCCAACCACAGCAUUUUCCAGACAAGCAUUUAAUCGAAAUGCUUCAACUGGAACUGGGAAAAAGCAUCAUCGUCAUCAUUCGAGUAGAAAAAUAAAUAAAAAUAUUCACUAA